AUGGAGGAAUGUUGCUGUAGGGAAAAUGGUUCAUUUUCUUUAUGGUGUAUCUUAGGCUUAAUACUCAUUGUGGGAAGUAGUCAUAUUGCACAUGCUCAAGACUCGCCGACAGAUUUCGUGAACACGCACAACUUAGCAAGAGAAGCAAUAGUUUGGAAUAUUACAGAUCUUGUUUGGGAUAACAAAAUUGCCGCUUUUGCUCAAAAUUAUGCUAAUCAACGCAAGGAUUGUAAAGUGACCCCUUCCGACAGUGGUGGCCGUUACGGCGAGAAUAUUGCAGUAAGCCCUGGUAAUAUGAGUGGCGUGGAAGCAGUGAACUUGUGGGUGGCUGAAAAUCCCCACUAUAACUCCUAUGAGAACAAGUGUGAAGGUGGUGAAUGUAGUCAUUAUACCCAAGUGGUUUGGUCAAGAUCACUACGUGUUGGAUGUGCUAAAGUGAAGUGUGAUAAUAGAGGGACAUUCAUUAGUUGCAAUUAUUAUCCUGCUGGAAACAUUCCAGGAGAAACUCCAUUUCCAUGA